GGGAUUGACCUUCCCUUUUUCAAUGCCGCUGUCAAAGUUGAUCACCGGGGCGAUGGAGAGAAGGGAAGAGGAGGAGGAGAAGGAAGAAGCGGGAGAUUAUUAGUCCAGUUUUGGCCAGCACACAGCGGAUCCCUGUAGAUCUAUCUCGGCGAUCGGUUCAGCAAAUAAGGAGAGGGCUAGGGAGGCGGCGCAGUCGAGAGGCGAUUAGAGACACACAGAGAGAGGAGCAGCCGGCAAAGGCAGAGGACGGGGAGCUUGGCUCUCUCUGAUUUGGACCCUCCGAUCCCAAGCUAGAGCCUCCCUCCUGUCUCUGUGUCUCUUCCCUCCUCCUCCUCUUCCUCCUCCCUCCCCCAACCAUGACCGUCUCGGGUUUCACCUCGUAAAGAUGGCGGUGGGGGAUCGCUGCAACCUUUAGACUCAUGACUGUCAGAAACAUCGCCUCCAUUUGUAAUAUGGGCACCAAUGCCUCUGCUCUGGAAAAAGACAUUGGACCAGAGCAAUUUCCACUCAAUGAACACUACUUUGGACUGGUCAAUUUUGGGAACACCUGCUACUGUAACUCUGUCUUGCAAGCCUUAUAUUUUUGCCGGCCGUUUCGGGAAAAUGUGCUGGCAUAUAAGGCCCAGCAGAAAAAGAAGGAAAACCUCCUGACUUGUUUAGCGGACCUUUUCCAUAGUAUUGCUACCCAGAAGAAAAAAGUUGGGGUGAUCCCACCCAAAAAAUUCAUCUCACGGUUACGAAAGGAGAAUGAUCUCUUUGACAACUACAUGCAACAAGAUGCCCAUGAGUUUUUGAACUACUUGCUCAACACUGUUGCCGACAUUCUGCAGGAGGAGAAGAAACAAGAAAAGCAAAAUGGCAGACUAAGAAAUGGCAACAUGAAUGAAACAGAAGAGAACAAUAAGCAGGACCUCACCUGGGUGCACGAGAUUUUUCAGGGAACAUUAACUAAUGAAACGAGAUGCUUGAACUGUGAAACUGUCAGUAGCAAAGAUGAAGAUUUUCUUGAUCUUUCUGUUGAUGUAGAACAGAACACGUCAAUUACUCACUGCUUAAGAGACUUCAGCAACACAGAAACCUUGUGUAGUGAACAGAAGUACUACUGUGAAACGUGCUGUAGCAAACAAGAGGCACAAAAAAGAAUGAGGGUCAAAAAGCUGCCAAUGAUCCUUGCAUUGCACCUGAAGAGAUUUAAAUACAUGGAGCAGUUACACCGGUACACCAAACUCUCUUACCGCGUGGUAUUCCCACUGGAGUUACGUCUCUUCAACACAUCUGGGGAUGCUAUCAAUUUGGAUCGCAUGUAUGACUUGGUAGCUGUGGUAGUUCAUUGCGGCAGUGGACCUAAUCGUGGACAUUAUAUUACUAUUGUGAAAAGUCACGGCUUCUGGCUUUUGUUCGAUGAUGACAUUGUAGAGAAAAUUGAUGCACAAGCAAUUGAAGAAUUCUAUGGUCUGACUUCUGAUAUAUCAAAAAAUUCAGAAUCUGGAUAUAUUUUAUUUUAUCAAUCAAGAGAGUGAUGGGGAAGACUGACUUUUUCCCGUCGGAGAGGAGAAACUGACCAACACUGUUAACUGACUUCCAUGUAGACCCAUCCAAUACAGUCCCAUCUGAUUCCAUCUCUAAAAUUGCUGACCGAAAUUCCUGAAUAUAUCCUGCCACAUUUUUAGCCUGGUUCUCAUUUAACUGCAAGAACAGCAGACUCAUAUUCAUCUGUCAAUCCUGCUGAAUUGAGGUCGAAUAUUGGAUAGGUGUUUUUGUGUCACCAUUAAGGACCAUUUGUUCAUAGUACGUAAAGAACCAUUCCUUAGCUUAGUGGUUUCCAAAUUCUGUUCUGAGGAAUCUGAGAUUCCUCAGGUGCUUUUCAGCAGUAAUGGUGGUCGUCCAUCAGAGCCAGCUUCAAGGACUGGCAUUGUCAGAUAGCUGCUAGUAUCCAUACCCAAACAGGAGGCUUGCUGCUGAUACCUGGAAUUGGCCCAUCCUGUUUCUUUUUAUCUUUGCUGCCAUUGCUUGUUUGCUUGUCUUCAACUGCAAUGAUAUAACCAAGGACAAGUAGCAGCCUCCACAGCUCUUCUCCUUCCCUUCUGAGUUGUGGAUUUGGCCCAGAGAGAGGGAGGUAUCAAUGGACAGUGCCAUAGAGGUGAGCCUAAGGAGGCAGCGGGUCCACUUCAAAAAUGGAAGCCUUGUUUCCCCUUGAAUCUUUUGACUAGAACUCCCAUCAUCCCUGAUUACUGCCCAUUAUGGCUGUCUGGGUUAGUUAAGUUGCUCCAGAGAGAGUUUUCCCAUGACUACUGAUCUCUGCCUGAAAAUGGUAAUUGCAAGGAUUUUUGGAGACACAUAUUCUGGGGAAAGCAGAACCUCAGCAGCCCUACUCAGCACUCCAUGGGAAAUGAACAUGCAGAGGUACCGUGGAGCACAGUGCUCAAAGAUUACUGGGCAGAACUAUUGAUAGGAAAAGGUAGAAAGUCUGGAAAGGACUGCUUUAAAUGUCUAUUGAAGUAUAACUCCAGUUCAUGCUAAAUGGGGGUAAAUAUAAAUGUAUAUAUUUCAUAACUGUUGGAGCUAGAGUUGGAUUAUGGAUUAUGUCACAUGACAUUCCCCAGCUAAAAAAUCAUUCUUUCCUGAUCCUUUUAAGCUUUAGGUUAUUUGAAAAAAAGAAAUCAAAUUGGCAACUUCAAGGCGCAGACUUAUGCAAAGGGAUUUCAAUCCCAUUUGAAGCAAAUCCUACUGCACAUCCAGUCUUCCUGUUUAUCAUGGGGCAGCACACAGGAACCAAGCUGGUCCUCUGGAUUCUCACUGUUUCAAAAGCUUUAGUUGGAAUUUGCACUGAAUCGGGGAAACGGCUUCUCUGUAUUCCUUCCACUGUGUAUGUAGUGAUAGAAUCUUUUUGAACCCAAAGAAAUACUCCCAAGUGUCAUUCUUACUUUCCCAAGUUAGCCCCUUGUCUAGGUGUCAUGUGUGAAACUGCUUGUAGAUUGGUUGUGCAAUCCUGUUCAGCAAUAAUGGGCAAGAUCCAAAGUUCAAUAGUACUCAAGCACACAAACAGAGCUCCAUAGGUGCAACCGCUCAUGGUUUUCCUAUGUGGUAGCAAUUAUAUCAUGUGCAUAUUAAAUAUCCUGCAUGUACUAUGCAUGCACUGGAUUUAAGUGGGCAUAUGUCAUGGUGCUCAACCUUGCAAAUGUGAAGCUUUUGGCAGGUUGCGUUAAUUUUAGGGAGAACUAAAUGACAUGGCAUCAGCCAGAAUAAUGCCAUCUUUGUUGUUUUGGUCUUCUGCAGUCAUGCAGACUCAAUACUUUUUGGAACAUAUAUUUUUGCAACACAAAGCCAGUUUCUGUGCUCUGUCUAAGGCCUGACCAAAAGACCAAAAGAAUGGAAGGAUAAUAAGAGAUGGCAUCCAAUAAGUUCUACAGCAGAAAGUAAAUCCACAAUCAGGCAGACUGCUUUGGAAGAUAUAAAACAAAUAAUUGAAGAAAGAGCUUCCUGGGGCAGAAGGCAGCAUUUGCUUCCAUCUCAGUGAUGUUUCAUAGAUCGUGUGAAGUCACCAGGCUAGAGGUUUUGUAUUUAUCUCAUUUUUUUUCAUGUCAGGAGCAACUUGAGAAACUGCAAGUUGCUUCUGUUGUGAGAGAGUUGGCCAUCUGCAAGGACAUUGCCCAGGGGACACCCGGAUGUUUUAAUGUUUUACCAUCCUUGUGGGAGGCUUCUCUCAUGUCAGUCCAUGGAGCUGGAGCUGAUAGAGGGAGCUCACCCUGCUCUCCCCAGAUUCAAACUGCCAACCUGUCGAUCAGCAGUCCUGCCAGAACAAGAGUUUAACCCAUUGCGCCACCAAGGGCUCCCUUAUCUCAAUUAUGACCCAAGUAUAUUUCUUUAUUUUAUUCACCAGAAAUAAUACCUGGCUCUCAUAACUAAGCAGUGACAGCUUCCAUAUCUAUGGAGCUAAUGCAUCUGUCCAGCCUUCAGUCUCCAUUUUAAAGAAGCUAGUCAGGGAGCAGAAUCCUACCCUUAAUCUAGAUUUUAGUUUGAGUUCUCAAGGCUGACCAACCUAUUAGACAUUAUUCCUAAAAUAGGUCAUCACCUGAAGUGGUUCCUUUAAAGUUCAGGCUAAAAUUAAGAAUGGAUUCUUGAUGUGGAAGCCUCCAACUGCCGAGACAGAAAAAGUGCUUGGCCAUGCUGAUUCACAGACUCUGACAAUUGUAGUCUGAAAAAGUAGUGUUUCUAAAUGCUAGGGAAAGGAAAGUGUGUAAUAAAAAAGGCACAAUGCAGCAGGACAGUCUACUUUACAAAUAUUCCCCAAAUACAUUGAAACUGGCUGCAACUCAGGCCCUUUCCACACAGCUGAAUAAAAUCCCACAUUUUCUGCUUUGGACUGGGUUACAUGUUAGUGUGGACUCAAAUAACGCAAUUCAAAACAGAUACUGUAGGAUUUUCUGCUUUGAUAUUCUGGGAUAUAGCCUGUGUAGAAGAGCCCUGAGUCCACACUGCUAUAUAAUCUAGUUUAAAGCAGAUAUUGUGGGAUUUUCUUCCUUGAUAUUCUGAGUUAUAUGGCUGUGUGGAAGGGCCCUCUGUUUCCUGGUGGAUGCAACCCUCGCAGAAGGAUCCUAAUCGCUAUGGAAAUGUGUCCAAAAAAAUUACAAACUCACAGUAUUUCUUUUUUUGAAAAAAAAUGGACAUGUUUUAGAAAACAACUCUUUUCUAGAUGAAAUUGGAUUACAUUACUGCUGUUGAGCUUUUUCCCAUCCUUAUUUAUCAUUGUGGGUUCUUGUGUCUCAGUUUCUUUGAAACUGAAAUUCCCUGAUGUAAUAUUUACUUUUUCUUUGAAAGAAAAACCAAGCUGUUCUUACAGUACAAGAGCUUUUGGAACAGCAAGAGUCUGUUGCAUAUUCGAGCACUUUACUCGUGUGAGGAACAAAACCAGAUUUAUUUAUUUUUAAGUUGUUUAAAGGGCCAUAAAUUGGUCAUCACAGUAGUGAUUUUACUUACUUACUUAUUUACUUACUUACUUACUUAGGCGAUCCCUCGUUGUCCGAGUAUGAUGGCCUUCCAAGUGUAGUGUCUUGGUGAUGGAUACGAAGAUGACUGUAGAGCCCUAUUCUUGACUCGCGUGUUCUUCCACAGUGAUGACAUUGGUUUCCAGAUGGAAGGCAGCCCCGGUCAAGGUUGGCUUGAUGCGCCUUCAUCUUGGCACGUUUCUCCCUUUCUCUCUCCAUUCGUGCCUCUUUAAACUCCACAGCACUGCUGAUCAAAGCUGAUCCCCAGCUAAAGCACUCAAGGAUCAGGGCUUCCCAGUUCUCAAUGUCUAUGCCACAGUUUUUAAGGUUAGCUUUAAGCCCAUCUUUAAAUCUCUUUUUCUGUCCACCAACAUUCCAUUUUCCAAUAUUGUGUAACUGCUUUGGGAGAUAAUGAUCAGGCAUUCGGACAACAUGGCCAGUUUGGCGGAGUUGAUGACAUAGGAGCAUCGCUUCAAUGCUAGUGGUCUUUGCUUCUUCCAGCAUGCUGACAUUUGUCUGCCUGUCUUCCCAAGAGAUUUGUAUGAUUUUUCAGAGGCAACGCUGGUGGAAUCGUUCCAGGAGUUGAGUGUGUAGAAAGUUCACGUAGGAAAGGCAGCCUUGCUUGCAUUGGUUCAGUAGAGCUGUGGAUACUCUGUAUACACAAGCAGACAUUUAUGUGUAGCUUAACAAAGUCCAUUCCUGUCCAAAUGAGUGUAGGCAAAGCCUGGCAAACUCUCAUGCCAGAACUGGACCUGAGCUUGACCCACAUUUAGGUGUGUGCGACUGGGCUAGAGGACAGUGCUUCCGUGCCUCCUCUUCCAGCAGCCACCUCUAUAACCCUCUAAAAUGCUAUACAAGAGAUCAGGAGACCUUGUUGUAUGGCACGACCUUUGGUGUCUGGAGGAAGACAGGAAUCCCAUAAAAUUGGACAGAGGAACUUUUUUCAUGAGUAUAGUCCUCCCACCAGCAGGAAAUAUAUCCUACGUAGAUCCAGUCCAUGAAUAUACUUUCAUACAUUCGGACCUGGCGUAUUUGAUCAUAGCAAUCAAUGUCCUCAGCUUCCUGGGUGUGUCAUAAGGACUAGAAUAAUACAGCUUAAAAUGGAAAAAUCAAAGGAUGAUGAUGUCUUCAGAAGAUGCAUAGUACUGUCAAAAAUGCAAGGAUUCCGAAGUCAGUUUUGAUGCUUGAAGCAAACUCACAGGCUUAGAAUUCUUUCAUUUUAAACAUACAUCUUGUAUCAGAUUUUAGUUGGUGGAUCUUAAUUAAAAUAUAUAUAGGCAGGGCUGUAGCCAAGGGGAGGGCUUAGGGGUUCAAACCCCGCCUGAAUUUUUUCAGGUUUUAAAAAAAUGGUUUACUCAUGAAUUUUAACUGGUUAACCAAAUCUCCAUGAGUGUCCACUGAAGUUUAUUGAUUGAGCCUUGAUGGAACUACUCUUCAUGAUUUGCUAAAAAGAAAAAGAGUUUCAACCCCCCCCCCCCCAUUUCUUCCUGGCUAUGGUCCUGCAUAUAGGUACGUCAACCUUCAAGGGUCCCAUCCGUUGCCUUGAAAUGUCUAAAUAAGUUACCAAAAUGGCAGAGAUAUAACCCUGUUAGUUCAGAUCCAUUUGCUCCAAGCUUCCUUUGCAUACUACUCACUGGAGUGAAAGAUGGAGGGUUGGCUUUAUACCAAGAAGGCCUUCACAAAUUAUGUCUGCAGUCUGUUCAAAUAAAUAUUCAUACUAUUCACGUUCUUAUUCAGCUUUUUAGGACUUGCAGUUGAAUCUGUGAACUUGCUGAUGUUUGAUUCAGCCAUAAUGGGCAACUAUUAUUUCCUUUCAUGAGAACAAACCACAGUUUAUCGUAGAUCAUAUAUUCUCCCUUCUCUUUCUUGGUCGAGACCUAAAAAAGUGCUUGAACAGAUCAAUUUUCACUUUUAAACGAACCAUUCGAACUCUGAAAAACAUGCUUUGUUUAAACUUCUCCCAGUAAACAAGUAUCAGAAAUGAUAGUUUAAUCCUAGUUUGUUUGAACCAGUGGGGGAUGAAAGAUAUUAUUGUGUUGUCAAAGGCUUUCAUGGCCAGAAUCACUGGGUUGCUGUCAGUUUUCCGGGCUGUAUGGCCAUGUUCCAGAAGCAUUCUCUCCUGAUGUUAUGGCAGGCAUCCUUAGAGGUUGUGAGGUCUGUUGGAAACUAGGCAAGUGAGGUUUAUGUACAGUAUCUGUGAAAUGUCCACGGUGGGAGAAAGAACUCUGGUCUGUUGGCGGCAACCUCUGAGGAUACCUGCCAUAGAUGUGUGUGAAACAUCAGGAGAGAAUGCUUCUGGAACAUGGCCAUACAGCCUGGAAAACUCACAGCAUCCCAAAGAUACCAUUGUUCCUUGCAUUUUGCUGAAAUGAAGAAUUGAACAUUAAAGCUUCCUAUCUCAAUAUGCAUGUAUUUAUUUGACAUGCAUAUUAAAAAUACAAAUAAAUAAGAAAAGAGUAUGGGAGGUGUACCAAGGCUGUUUCAUAUAUUAGGCCUCCUGUUACAUUUGAAUCAAGCCUGUGCAGGUAUUGCCCUUGAGAAGAUAAACGUUGUGUGUCUGGUAAUGAUCUGUGUUAUUUCAUGCACACAUGCGUACUUGCAAGGCAUUAUUUGAUGCCUCCGUCCUCAAGGGAUCCGCAAGUAUGUGUGAAACAGCCUACAAACAAGUAAUUCAGUGCAUGAAGCUUUUUCUUUCUCUGGGACUGGAGCAAUGCUAACUUGUCUAACCAAUACCUGGAAUUAACUGGACUCCUGCCUUUGUAGCCCAUUUAAGUCAUCAGACACUGUACAAUUGACUCCCAUGGGGUUGGGAUGUGAUCCUUUUGUGAAUAAAGUCCUUUACUUGCUUUGCUAUGUUGCACAGCAUUUUUCUGAGAUGUGGCCAUCACUUUUCUGACAGGCUGGCUGCUCUGGCUGUGGUGAAUAAAUGCACUUUCGAGUUCAGUGUUAAACCGAUAUAAUACAGAUGUUUUGUACAUUGCAGACGUUGCUGCCAAACAUAUUUAGGAUCUAUGUUGAACCUUUUUAUAUAAAAUAAAUAAAACCUUAGCAUUAAUGUAUAACUUGAAUGGUUGGAACUGAUGUUUGUAUUUUUUUUAAUUACUGUUGAUUUUUAAAACAAAGCAAACCAGAAAAUAAGAGGUAUGGGUAUAUUUGUGUUUCGCUUUAACACCAAUAUUCUUUUUUGUGUUAAAUAACGAAAGCAGAAGAUUGAAAUAUUUAAAUAUUAUAAUCUAUGACUCAUGUUUUUCCUUCCUGUAUCUUAUAAUUUUGAGGUGGAUAAUAAAUAGAGAGAAUUAUAAUAC